AUGGCACCAGAACUACCACCAUUAACGACGACUAACCAUCAGCAAGCUCGAGAAGUUUUCAUGGUUAUGCUCAGAAGCUUCUCCAUUAAUGGAUUACUUCCAGUGCUGGUGCGAGUCAUUCUUCUGUUGCUUCUGUUCAAGUUCAACAUAACUGUGUCGUCACAGUCCAUCAUCAAGACUCUUCCUGGCUUUUCCGGUGAUUUACCAGUUAAAAUGGAAACUGGGUACGUUGGUGUUGGAGAAAGAGAUGACGUGCAGUUAUUCUACUACUUCAUUGAAUCCGAAAGAAAUCCUAAAGAUGAUCCUCUCAUGCUUUGGCUGGCAGGUGGCCCUGGUUGUUCUGCUCUUCGUGCCUUCUUCUAUGAAAUUGGUCCAUUUUCAUUUAACUAUUCAAAUUCCAUUGGAGACAAACCACAAUUGGAACAGAACCCAUACUCUUGGACAAAGGUUGCCAACAUCAUUUUCAUAGAUCAACCUGUUGGGACCGGAUUUUCCUAUGCAAAUACUCCAGAAGCUUACAUCAGUAGCGAUACAAUUUCUGCAACACAAGCUUAUGAUUUUCUUAGAAAGUGGCUUGUGGAUCACUCCAAGUUUCUCACAAACCCACUCUAUAUUAGUGGUAUUUCCUAUGUAGGCAUGGUUGUUCCAAUAAUAGUUCAGGAGAUAUACAAUGGUAAUGAAGCUGGAAAUGAGCCACAACUGAAUAUUAAAGGAUACAUACUCUCCAAUCCUCUAACCGAUAAAAAUGGAGAUGUCAAUUCAAGAGUCGAAUAUGCUCAUCGAGUGGCACUUCUCUCAGAUGAACUUUAUGAGUCCACCAAAGCAAAUUGCCAAGGCAAGUACAUAGAUGUAGAUCCUAAAAAUUUAUUAUGUCUAAGAGAUCUACAAGAAGUAGACAAGAGCUAUAUAUAUAAUUAUGCCACCAAUUGGGCAACUAGCAGAGCUGUCCAAGAAGCUCUUCACGUUCGAGAGGGAAUAAAAACAGAAUGGGUGCAAUGCAAUAACAGCAUAGAAUACUCAUUUGGUAAAACUUCAACGGUGGCGUAUACUUUCAAUGUCCCUAGCACUGUUGGCUAUCAUCGAAAUCUAACAAGCAAAAAUUGUCGAGCUUUAAUAAUGAGGUAA